AUGUCCCAAUCUCCAAUAGCUGCUCAACCAAGUCAAAGCCAGCCGUCACAAGCUAAGGACCCAUUUUCUCCAAAUGUUGAAGAUUUAUACUUGGAAUCCUACGCAUUCACAACUGCUGCUGCCAUAGUAGGUUCAGUUGAUAGAAAGGUAUUCGUAUUAUUAAGAGAUGGUAGAAACCUUUUCGGUAUAUUAAGAACAUUCGAUCAAUUCGCUAACUUGGUAUUACAAGAUGUAGUGGAAAGAAUAUAUUUAAAUGAUGAAGAAAAUUCUCCAACAAAAUUUGGAGAAACUUAUAGAGGUGUAUUUAUGGUUAGGGGUGAAAAUGUUGUAAUGUUAGGUGAAUUAGACAUAGAUAAAGAAGAUGAUCAUUUAGAGAAUUUAAAACAAAUAUCUUUUGAAGAAGCUGAAAAAGAAUUAAAAAUUGUUCAUGAAAAAACCAUAAAAGAAGAAGGUAUUAAAGGUAAAAAGUUAUUAUCAAAGGGACUUAUUAAUGAUUUUGUAAAAUCAGAUUUAUACUAA